UAAUAAUUUAUCCGACGGGAGAACAGUAGAAACCCCCCCUCUCUCCCCCUCCCCUUUUUCUUCGUUACCCCACCGAAGAGCCCCCGUUUAGCUGUGAACCUUUGGCUGCGGUGGGGGUUUCUUCAUAGGAGCAGGAUUGUUCCCUUACCCAUCCUCCCCGUUCUUUUCCAAUCCCCCCCUUCCUGCUCUCCCACAAUUCCUGAAUGUUGGACCUGCCUAUUUUGGCUUCUACUGGCAUGACUGACGGCUGGCUAAAUAUGCAGUCAGAGGAAGAAAAAAGUCAGGACAACAGCAUGAUGGAUUCGGGCAACCUGGACGACAGCUUGACCAGUCUACAGUGGCUUCAGGAAUUCUCCAUCAUCAAUGCAAACAUGGGCAAGUCAUCCUCUUCCCUAUGCAGCACAGAUCCUCAUGGUUAUCACAAAAUACCUGGCUCAGCUGCACCAUGUUCUCCCCUAGCUGGUGAUCCAGCUUGCAUGGGAAUGCCCCAUACCCCUGGCAAGCCAAUUUCCUCUUCCACAUCCAGGACUGCACAUCUACAAGGCCAGCCACUAGAAAACAUAGAUUACAAGACCAACCCUCAUGUGAAACCUCCUUACUCUUAUGCUACCCUCAUCUGUAUGGCAAUGGAAGCAAGCAAGAAAACAAAAAUCACCCUCUCAGACAUCUAUAAAUGGAUUACUGAUAAUUUCUGCUAUUUCCGGCAUGCUGACCCUACAUGGCAGAAUUCCAUUAGGCACAACCUGUCCUUGAAUAAGUGCUUCAUCAAGGUGCCCCGAGAGAAAGAUGAACCGGGAAAAGGUGGCUUCUGGAAGAUUGAUCCUCAGUACGCAGACAGACUGAUGAACGGAGCUUUCAAAAAACGCAGGAUGCCCCCUGUGCAGAUACAUCCAGCCUUUAUCGGAAGAAUCCAACAGGAUGCAAGUUCCAGUUCUUCAGCUCACCAAUCGGCAACCUCUUGGAAAAACAGCAGCAUCCUGAAGAUCAAUGUAGAGUCCCAGCAGCUGCUCAAAGAAUUUGAAGAAGUGACCAGUGACCAGAACUGGAACCCAGCAGAUGGAAAAAUGAGCCAUAAACGCAAGCAGCCGCUGCCAAAACGAAUGUAUAAGGCAGCCCGCUUCUCCAGCUCCCCUAUGCUUACUCAGGAAGAACAGACAGAGCUUGGCUCUCUCAAAGGUGAUUUUGACUGGGAGGCUAUCUUUGAUACCACCUUAAAUGGUGAUUUCUCUACCUUUGAGGAUCUAGAAAUUACUCCUCCAAUCAGCCCGAUAACCAGGGAUGUAGACUUGACAGUGCAUGGAAGACAUAUCGAUUGCCCACAGGAGUGGUGCCCAGCUGGGCAAGAUUACGUGCUCACAGAAUCUAACCAGAGUAGCUUGGACUUUGAUGAAACAUUUAUUGCCACUUCUUUUCUUCAGCAUCCCUGGGAUGAAGGGAGAAAUGAUUACCUCUCAAAUUCUGUCAACAUGGAUCCACUAUUUGAACUCAGUGACCCUUCUUUGCAAACAGAAAUGAAUGACUGGAGCAAUGCUGGGUGUCUUUAAUGAAAGACCGUUCCCUGAUUGGAAGGUUCAAGAUUAACCAACUCUUAAGAACAAGAUGGUCCCAGAGCUGCAGGACUUGACAAAAGAAAGAAUCCAUGACCAAAUGAGACAGCUUUAGUAUUGGGACCUGCUGUCUCACUGAAAAGUUAGGGUGGGUGGGAAAAGAAGAUCUGGAUAAUUGGGGCUGGAUGUAUCUCAAAGUAACACAUUUGAUAUGGGGAACACUAUACCCCAACAGAUAACAAAUAAUAAUAAUACAGUGUCUAUUUGUGUUCUUUUAAAGAAAUACAGGUUUUUUUUCUAUUUGGGGCUAGAGGGAAAUGAAAAGAGGAUAAUUUCUUUGUGGGAGAAGGGAGGACAUUUGAAGAGGUUGGAAGAGCAGGCCUUUUCUGAUGAUUAGCGUAUAUUAGAUCAUUGACCGUUUCCUCUUCCUUCCUUCUUUCUUUCCUUUCUUGGGUAAGUGUGCUUGUAUUUGUUUUUCCCAGGGAAGAUCGCUAGCUAAAACAUGGGACAAUCUAGCAGGCAAGUACAAUUUCCAUCUCUGUUCAAGGAGUUGCAACCACCUGUCUACCACACUAGAUCAAUUUAGAUUUUAAAACAUAUAUGCUGUGAAAUAAAUCAAUAGGUCAAGUUGUUUCCAGCUUUUAAAACAGAA